AUGGCCCUGGCGGCGGGGCCGUGGCCGGAGCCUCCUCCGGCACCUCCGUGCGCCCCGGAGGCGGCGGCGGCGGGCGCGGCCAAAGCGGCGGGGGCGGCGGAGAAACCGGCGGCGGCGGAUUGCUUGGUGUGCGGGGACAAGGCGAGCGGCAAGCACUACGGGCAGUUCACCUGCGAGGGCUGCAAGAGCUUCUUCAAGCGCUCGGUGCGCCGCAACCUCUCGUACAGCUGCCGCGGAGGGCGCGACUGCCCCGUGGACCAGCACCACCGCAACCAGUGCCAGUACUGCCGGCUCCGCAAGUGCCUCCGGGUCGGCAUGAGGAGGGAAGCCGUGCAGCGGGGCCGCAUGGCGCACACCCAGAGCAACCCCAGCCAGUACCCGCUGGCCCCGGGGGACCCGUACGGCGGCCACGGCUACCUGAGCGGCUUCAUCUCCCUGCUGCUGCGCGCCGAGCCCUAUCCCCCCGCCCGCUACGGCGCCCAGUGCCUGCAGCCCAGCAGCGUCGUGGGCAUCGAGAGCAUCUGCGAGCUGGCCGCCCGCCUCCUCUUCAGCGCCAUCGAGUGGGCCAAGGGCAUCCCCUUCUUCCCGGACUUGCAGCUCUCGGACCAGGUGGCCCUGCUGCGCCUGGGCUGGAGCGAGCUCUUCGUGCUGAACGCGGCGCAGAGCGCCCUGCCGCUGCACGCCGCCCCGCUGCUGGCCGCCGCCGGCCUCCACGCCGCCCCCAUGGCCGCCGACCGCGUCGUGGCCUUCAUGGACCACAUCCGCGUCUUCCAGGAGCAGGUGGAGAAGCUCAAGGCGCUGCACGUCGACGCCGCCGAGUACGCCUGCCUCAAGGCCGUGGCGCUCUUCUCGCCCGACGCCGUGGGGCUGUCGGACCUGGGCCACGUGGAGAGCGUGCAGGAGAAGUCGCAGUGCGCGCUGGAGGAGUACGUGCGCAGCCAGCACCCCAGCCAGCCCAGCCGCUUCGGCCGCCUGCUGCUGCGCCUGCCCUCGCUGCGCAUCGUCUCGGCGCCCGUCAUCGAGCAGCUCUUCUUCGUCCGCCUGGUGGGCAAGACCCCCAUCGAGACCCUGAUCCGCGACAUGCUGCUCGCGGGGUCCACCUUCAGCUGGCCCUACAUCCCCAUGCAGUGA